GGAGAGAAUUUUGCCCCCAACGCGUCAGAGCGUGGUGAACCUGGUGACAGCGCGCCGCUGGAGCCAGCUGCGACGCUCCCGGCACGCCCUGCGCCACCCGGGCCGGAAGUGAGUGAGCACUUCCGGCCGCCAUCCCCGCGGCCCYGACACCGCGGCGCUCUCCCUGUCCCGGCUCGUUCCUGCCAUCAUGAAGGAUGUCCCGGGCUUCUUGCAGCAGAGCCAGAGCUCCGGGCCCGGCCAGGCAGCCGUGUGGCACCGUCUGGAGGAGCUCUACACGAAGAAGUUAUGGCAUCAGCUGACACUUCAAGUGCUUGAUUUUGUGCAGGAUCCAUGCUUUGCCCAAGGAGAUGGUCUCAUUAAACUUUAUGAAAACUUCAUCAGUGAAUUUGAACACAGGGUGAACCCUUUGUCCCUSGUAGAAAUAAUUCUUCAUGUGGUGAGACAAAUGACUGAUCCUAAUGUGGCUCUUACAUUUCUGGAAAAGACUCGUGAGAAGGUGAAAAGCAGCGAUGAGGCAGUGAUCCUGUGUAAAACAGCAAUCGGAGCUUUGAAGUUAAACAUUGGGGACCUGCAGGUCACCAAGGAAACAAUUGAAGAUGUUGAAGAAAUGCUCAACAACCUGCCUGGUGUGACAUCAGUUCACAGUCGUUUCUACGAUCUCUCAAGUAAAUACUAUCAAACAAUCGGAAACCAUGCAUCCUACUACAAAGAUGCCCUGCGGUUUCUGGGCUGUGUCGAUAUCAAGGAUCUGCCAGUGUCUGAGCAGCAGGAGAGAGCCUUCACACUGGGACUUGCAGGACUUCUUGGAGAGGGGGUUUUUAACUUUGGAGAGCUCCUCAUGCACCCUGUGCUGGAGUCCCUGAGGAGCACAGACCGGCAGUGGCUGAUCGACACUCUCUAUGCCUUUAACAGUGGUGAUGUAGACAGGUUCCAGACUCUGAAGACUGCCUGGGGCCAGCAGCCUGACUUAGCAGCCAAUGAGGCACAGCUUCUGAGGAAGAUCCAGCUCUUGUGCCUGAUGGAGAUGACUUUCACACGACCUGCCAACCACAGACAGCUCACUUUUGAAGAAAUUGCCAAAAAUGCUAAAAUCACAGUGAACGAGGUGGAGCUGCUGGUGAUGAAGGCUCUCUCGGUGGGGCUGGUGAGGGGCAGCAUAGACGAGGUGGACAAGCGAGUGCACAUGACCUGGGUGCAGCCCCGAGUGCUGGAUUUGCAGCAGAUCAAGGGAAUGAAGGACCGCCUGGAAUUCUGGUGCACAGAUGUGAAGAGCAUGGAGAUGCUAGUGGAGCACCAGGCCCAUGACAUCCUCACCUAGCACCCUGGUGCCCUGUGGUCCCACCUCACCUGGGAGGCACUUCUGUGGCCCUGAAGCUGGAACAAAGAUCUGCCUUGAAUUGGGGUGUGGAUUUGGAUCCUGUUGGCAAUAGGGACUACUCACUGUAAAAAUGGUGGACUGUCAUUUAUGGGAGCCCAGCCACAGGGGAAGGCUCUUAGGUGGGGGUGUCUUAACCUGCAGUGGGGUAGGGGUCUCCAGGCCUCAGGAGGGAGGGCAAAAGUGAGUGGGAAAGCUCUCAAGUCUGCAAACACCCCAAGGUGGGUCUCUGUCCCAUCCACCCAUGUGUGCAUAUUUUCCAGUGCAUUCAGGAUGUUUCUGUAAUAAACGCCUUCACUUUACCCUG